AAGUGCGAAAAAACGCCAUCCCAGGAGGAGGACCCGAGCCAAACCCAUCAGAUCUCCAUCCUCCCCCCGAGGUCUCCCUCCCUCUCUAUUAAGAAGCACAAGCAAGGCGCCACUCAGAUCUCUCCGCCCCUUCGUCCAGGCUUCCACCCCCUCGUGCCCCGCGCGCCCGUCAACGGGACGAGAGAUGGCAUCGCCGGCCGCGGGCCCGGCGGCCGCGGCGCUCCUCACCCUGCUCGCCUUCGCCGUGGCCGGCGUCCUCGCCGACGGCUCCGACCACCGCUACAAGGCCGGCGACCCCGUCCCGCUCUACGCCAACAAGGUCGGCCCCUUCCACAACCCCAGCGAGACGUACCGCUACUUCGACCUCCCGUUCUGCUCCCCAGAGGAGGUGAAGGAGAAGAAGGAGGCGCUGGGCGAGGUGCUGAACGGGGACCGUCUGGUGGACGCGCCCUACAAGCUCAACUUCCGCACCGACCACGACUCCAAGGCGGUCUGCUCCAAGCGGCUCACCAAGGAGGACGUGGCCCGGUUCCGCGCCUCGGUCGCCAAGGACUACUACUUCCAGAUGUACUACGACGACCUCCCGCUCUGGGGCUUCAUCGGCAAGGUCGACAAGGGCAACAAGCUGCCCCCCACCGACUGGAAGUACUACCUCUACAAGCACAUCAUCUUCGACAUCCUCUACAACGGCGACCGCGUCAUCGAGAUCAACGUGCACACCGACCAGAGCGCCCUCGUCGACCUCACCGACGACACCGAGAGGGACGUCGAGUUCCUCUACACCGUCAAGUGGAAGGAGACUGCAACGCCGUUUGAGAAGAGGAUGGAGAAGUACUCCAGCUCGUCAAACAUGCCGCACCACCUCGAGGUUCACUGGUUCUCCAUUAUUAACUCCUGCGUCACCGUCCUGCUCCUCACUGGGUUCUUGGCCACCAUCCUCAUGCGAGUGCUCAAGAAUGAUUUUGUCAAAUAUGCCCAUGAUGAGGAAGCAGUUGAUGACCAAGAAGAAUCUGGAUGGAAGUACAUUCAUGGUGAUGUCUUCCGCUUCCCCAAGAACAAGUCAUUGUUUUCGGCUGCUCUUGGCACUGGAACUCAGUUGUUUGCUCUGACAACCUUUAUAUUCCUGCUUGCACUUGUUGGAGUAUUCUACCCUUACAAUCGUGGUGCACUUUUCACUGCAUUGGUCGUCAUCUAUGCACUUACUUCAGGAAUAGCUGGGUACAUUGCAACCGCGUUCUAUUGCCAGCUAGAGGGAACAAACUGGGUGAGGAAUUUGCUAUUAACAGGAUGCCUGUUUUGUGGACCUCUCUUCCUGACAUUCUGCUUUUUGAACACUGUUGCUAUUGCUUAUAGUGCAACGGCUGCAUUGCCAUUCGGCACCAUCUGUGUCAUUGUGCUCAUCUGGACCUUGGUUACAUUUCCUCUACUAGUUUUGGGUGGCAUUGCUGGUAAAAACAGCAAGAGUGAAUUCCAAGCUCCUUGCCGUACCACCAAAUACCCUAGGGAGAUUCCUCCACUUCCCUGGUACCGGACAACAGUUCCACAGAUGGCUAUGGCUGGAUUUUUGCCAUUCAGUGCUAUAUAUAUUGAGCUCUACUACAUCUUUGCAAGUGUUUGGGGCCACCGAAUUUACACCAUUUACAGCAUCCUCUUUAUAGUCUUUAUCAUCCUCCUCAUCGUCACUGCCUUCAUUACUGUUGCGCUGACAUACUUCCAGCUUGCUGCUGAAGACCAUGAGUGGUGGUGGAGGUCAUUCCUAAUUGGAGGAUCCACUGGAUUUUUCGUCUAUGGCUACUGUCUGUACUACUACUAUGCACGAUCGGAUAUGUCUGGCUUCAUGCAGACAUCCUUCUUCUUUGGCUACAUGGCCUGCAUCUGCUACGCAUUCUUCCUUAUGCUCGGCAUGAUAGGUUUCCGUGCCGCCUUGUUCUUUGUUCGGCACAUAUACAAGUCCAUCAAGUGUGAGUAAACUGCGGUGGAGAAUGAAGAGCAGCAGAGUUGUACUCCUUUUUGGUGCCCUCUAAGAAGUCCCAGUAUAGAAAAGGUUAGCUCUCGCGUGCAACAGGAAGCAACUAGAGAGGUUGGCAUGUUUCAGAUUAGGCCAUUAUUCAUAGGAACAGGUAAUGAACCUAUAAAUUUGUUGUUCUGUUUGUGCGACUGGUAUGAUAAAUCGUCUUUUCCUUCCUCCCAUGUAUUAUCUCCUAUGUGACAUCCGGACAGUAUUACUUUGUUGAACCAUGACCCUACAUGAAUAUCUAUGGAAGCUCUUAUUAUGUUA